UUCUGUGACUCAUCAGGAAACUCGAGCACUUUAACGGGAAGCAGCCGGAGCCGCGCGCGCACUGCAUUCAUCCCGGAGGAUGUGAGGACACGCAGCGCGCGCUCCCCAGCCGGCUCCGUUUCAGACCCUGUUUGUUUGUUUGUUUGUUUGUUUGUGUUUUUUAAUGAAUGAGUGUAUCAUCACACUGCCGUGAUUUCCGGUAAAGAUGUCGAUGCAGCUGACGGAGCUGAAGGAGCGGAUAGUCGCGUGCUGCCAGAGGACGUGUCCGUGUUUCCGGGAGAAGCCCGAACCGGUCCGGGACGUGAAGGUGAUCGGAACCCAGCCGACUCUUCAGGUGAGUCCGGUGUCGCCCCCUCUGCCCGCCGCGCCCCCUCCGCCCGCCGCGCGCGUCUACACGGCUCUGUGGGACUACACCGCGCGCACCACCGAGGACCUGAGCUUCCGCGCGGGGGACCAGCUGGAGGUUCUGGACCAGAGCAGUCCGGACUGGUGGAUCGCGCGAUUGCUGACCGGAACUUCCGCCCACAGUCAGGGCUACAUACCGUCCAAUUACGUGGCACCGCUCGAGAGCCUGCACGCGGAGAGGUGGUAUUUUCCCAAUACGAAGCGUCUGGAUGCGGAGAAGCUCCUUCAGGCUGAGGGAAAUGAACAUGGCUCAUUUCUCAUCCGGGAGUGUGAGAGUCAGCAGGGGGACCUGUCACUUUCAGUGUUGGAUCAGGAGAAGGUGAAGCACUAUAAGAUAAAGCGAACAGACAAUGGGAGGUACUUUGUGUCGAAGAAGCGGAGCUUCAUCACCCUAAAGGAGCUGGUAGAACAUUACAGCGGGACGGAGGACGGACUGUGUGUCCGACUCACACAACCCUGCAGGAAGGCUAUAGCUCCACAGACUCAUGGUCUAUCCUAUAACACGGCGGAUCAGUGGGAAAUUCCACGCAGCUCCAUCCGCCUGCUGCAUAAACUCGGAUCCGGACAGUUUGGAGAAGUUUAUGAAGGAGUGUGGAACAACACGACCGCUGUUGCUGUGAAAACACUCCGGCCAGGCAAUAUGGAUUCCCAGGAUUUCCUCCGUGAAGCUCAGCUCAUGAAGAAGCUGCGUCACCCAAAGCUGAUUCAGCUGUAUGCAGUGUGUACUGUUGGAGAACCGAUCUACAUCAUCACGGAACUCAUGAACAAUGGCAGCCUGUUAGAGUACCUACAGAAGGACAGAGGAGAGUUUGUGAAACUGUGUGAUCAGAUAGAGAUGGGUGCUCAGGUGGCAGCAGGGAUGGCAUAUCUGGAGCUGCAGAACUACAUCCACAGAGAUCUCGCAGCUCGAAAUGUGCUGGUGGGAGACAACAACAUCUGUAAAGUGGCAGACUUCGGCUUGGCCAGAGUGUUCAAAGCAGAGGAUGAUGUUGUUUAUGACUAUGAAAAUGAUGAUGAAGAGUGUGUGUAUGAGGUGAGACAUGGAACCAAACUGCCUGUUAAAUGGACGGCUCCUGAAGUGUUGCAUGAAAACAAGUUCACCAUUAAAUCUGAUGUGUGGAGUUUUGGAAUCCUGCUCUACGAAAUCAUGACCUUCGGACAAAUGCCGUACCCCACUCUCAGUAAUCACCAGGUGUUCCAGAAGCUGCGUAAAAGUUACCGGAUGCCGUGUCCUGCAAACUCUCCAAAGCGUAUCUAUGACAUCAUGCUGGAGUGCUGGAAGGACACACCCCUGGACCGACCCACAUUCGAAACCCUGCAGUGGAAACUUGAGGAGUUUUACGAAAUGGACAUCAGUGCAUAUGAUGACGCCAGCCGCUAUUGAUCAAAUUGUUAUUGUGAUCUUUAAUUACCCAUGAUUCUCUCUGCCCAGCACCAAGCACACUGCAGCAGUGUAGGGCACAUGAGCAGCGUUCUGGUGGUUCGUGGAGGAACAGGUAAAGAAAAAAAUCUGUGCUAUUAUUAGAACCACACAUGGGGAACGUUCUCAGCCAAUCAGAGUGAGUGGGUGGAGCUAAGUGCUGCACAAUUAUAAAUUAUAUUAGUAACAUCUUGACUUUGUUGCCAUUCGUGAGAGAGAGAGAGAGAGAGAGAGAUCUUCAUGAAAAACGUCUGUGUAUAACGUCGCAUUCAUGUCUCUCACUACGCUAAUAAUCUAAUUAAAUAUGUGAAUAUUCAUGUUUAAUAAAACAAUCAGAAUUAACGUGCCGAUAUGUGAUAUACAAAAAGUACUGUAGCUUUAUGGAACAGAGUGAUGAAUAAAUUAAAUGUGAACCAACAGUCUGAAUAAUUAAUGUUUAUAUUUGUAAUGCAUAAUUAAUUAUUAAUUAUUCCUCUCUGGGCACUGUAUUUACCUACAUGUGCUUUUGGAAUAAUAAACAACUAAUUAAAAUAUAGA